ACCUGGUGGCGACCACACGCUGGAGUCCACCCGCGCCCACCUUCACUCGCGUACCCCUUCCUCGCCCACUUCGGCAACCCUCGGAGCUUGUAGCGCGCUCUUCACCACUACCAAGACAAGUGUAUCGUGGCCACUUGAUCACAGAACUGCUUAAGUGCUGGUUAAGCUGCUCUAACUUGUGACACGUGUUUCCUCUAAGUGUGUUGUCUUGUCGGCAGGGCUAGGUGGAGGCGGUCCUGGCACAAAGACCACCUCUCGUGUGGCACAGACCCCGGUCACACAUGGUCUUGAUGAACAACUGUCCGAGGGACCCGUGUUAACUACCUCUCGUGUGGCACAGACCCCGGUCACACAUGGUCUUGAUGAACAACUGUCCGAGGGACCCCUGUUAACUACCGACCUGGUAAUUGUCUUGUGCUCCAGUGUGUAACCUCUGAAAGCUUGGGUUGCUAUUUGGCUGAACCACUUAAUUCGCAGUAGUUUAUGUUCUAUUUUAGUAGUGUUAAUAUUAUGAAUUAAUAAACCCAAACUGUUUCUGACUACUCUUAAGGAUACGCGUCAGGAUACGUAGUACACUUUAAAUAAUUGUCAAAUCAAAUAUAAGUGCGACUGUGUCAAGCUGAGCCAAGGUGUCAGACAACGUCUUUUAAAUGUCAGUCAAGAGAAAUUGUCAUUGUUAACAGAAGUAGAUCUGUCAAGAAGGUUUUCAAGUAAGCAUUGUGAUGAAUGUUUACAAAGUUAUGACCUGUUACCAGUGACAGCCGUAGUCGCCAGCCCCACGAGACGGCAACACUGGUCUACAUAAUUCUCGUGAAACUCAGAUUUAGUCAACAUAGGCCUUGCAGUGCGCGUUGAAAAAAAAAUAUCUUGGGCAAGUACAAGGUCAGUUGUGAGCGAAAAUAAGUGAAGGCCGAGUGUGUGUAUGUGUGCGUCCGAAACACGGCUCAUUCAGUGCAACUUACAGAGCGUAGUGUUAUAUAAGCGUCCAAGUGCCCGUAUUUAAGGUGUAGUGGCUAUCAGUAUCACACCAUUCUCGAGGUCCCCAGUUGGUGCGCAUCAGUAGUGUGGGGUUGUGCAGGAGUGAGGUUGUCCACUUCAGUAGUGACGGUAGAAGCCAGGCUCAAGUGGCGGUGUGACCCGCCCUCCUCACAACUUCGCCCCACCGGGCAAGUUACCCACCAACCACAAGCCUGAAACUACGCAUAAAGGAAAUAAAAUAAAAAUUGCGCACGAAAGUGUUUAUAUCGUUGUUGUGCUUCAGAGAAAACGAGUGAUGUCAUAGAUUAGGCUAAAUUAGUGUUACGAUUUAUUUUUGAAUUAUAGAAAGGUAUUGCAACCGGUUCCUAAUUUAAAUUGUAGCCCGAAAUCUUGAAACAAAAUUAAUCCCCUGAAAAAGAGUAAGGAAAAGUGCGAGUGAGCUUUAACGUAUGUGAACUGACGAGUGAUAUUGAGUUCAGUUGAUAUUAGUGAAACUAGGCUCGCGCUUGUCUCUGGCGAGGAUCACAUCGCCCACAGGACUUCACCAGGGAAGCAAGGAGCUGCAUCAUCCUCAAGGGUCGUGAGCAGCCAGGAGCAGACUCUAAGAAAUUUGGAACUAAUACCCUGAAGCAGUCACGUCCUGCCAGCGUCCGUACUAGCAGCGAUGGCGGGGGUGACUCCUCUGCGGCCAGCAGCUCCCGUCCUCUCUAUAAAGGCAUGAACGCGGGCGGCGGCGGCGGGCGGCGCGGGUGCUGGUGAAGCAGGCGGCGCUGGAGGCGUGUGUGGGGGCAGCGGGUACUGCAGCAAGAUGGGAGGCCUGGCGCUCCUGCACCUGCUACUGGCGGCUCUGGGGGCUCUCCUCUGCCUCGCCACCCCAGUCCUCGCCAGACUCGUCGGCUCCUGGAUGAACCUCGGGCUUCAGGGGUACGAGGUGUGGCGGAACCCGCAGAUCUACCUGAUCGGUGCUCAGCCCCUGUGCACUCAGAUCCCGGGGCUGUCCCUCGGGCAGACCAAGCUGUGUCAGCUGUACCAAGACCACAUGGGCAGCGUGGGCCGGGGCGCCAAGACGGGCAUCCAUGAGUGUCAGUGGCAGUUCCGACACCGACGGUGGAACUGCUCCACCGUCGACGACUCCACCGUCUUCGGCCCCGUUCUUCAGAUCCCGAGCCGGGAGGCAGCCUUCGCCCACGCCAUAGCCUCGGCGGGCGUGGUGCACAGCGUGUCCCGGGCCUGCAGGGACGGCCAGCUCACCACCUGCGGCUGCUCCCCCGCCAGGAGACCCAAGGACCUCAACAAGGAGUGGAUCUGGGGCGGCUGUGGAGACAAUGUCGAAUACGGAUACAAAUUCACUCAGGGCUUUGUUGACGUUCGUGAGCGCGAGAAAAAUUACAAGCGAGGAUCCGUGAAGCAGGGACGCCAGCUGAUGAACCUCCACAACAAUGAAGCGGGCAGGAGGGCUGUGAUCCGCAAGACUCGUGUCAACUGUAAGUGUCACGGCGUGUCGGGCUCCUGCUCCCUCAUCACCUGCUGGCAGCAGUUGGCACCGUUUAGAGAAAUUGGUGACCUACUGAAGGACAAGUAUGAUGGUGCAACAGAAGUCAAAAUCAACCGUCGUGGCAAGCUGCAGGUUAAGCAUGCCCAGUUUAACGUCCCUACAGGAGAGGAUCUGGUAUAUCUUCACGAGUCGCCUGACUACUGCAAGCGAAAUAACACAGUUGGUUCUCUAGGUACUCAAGACCGCAUAUGCAACAAGACUUCGCAAGGUAUGGAUGGCUGCGGGUUGCUGUGUUGUGGACGAGGCUACAACUCCCAGAAAGUCACCGUUAGGGAAAGGUGCCACUGCAAGUUUCACUGGUGUUGUUUUGUCGAGUGUAAAACAUGUGUGAGGGUUGUUGACCUACACACAUGCAAGUAGAACCAAGAGAAUGUAUUCAUUAACUACCUGAAAUAUGUGCAGAGAUAACAGAAAAAUAACAAUGCCUCGUGAUAUGAAAACUUGUGUUGUACAAACUAUGUGGUAUUAAAAUACAUAGCAGAAAUGCUAAGAUAAAUUUCUUGCAGUAUAUGAUCAUUAUAAAACUAUGAAGUUUGCAUCUUCUAAAAACAUUAAAUACUAUAGUUGUGUGGAGCUGAAUGGUGUUAUAUUAUUGCAGGCUUUAAUAUGGUGACUGGAAAUCACCAUACAAUAUGACCAUGCAUAAUGCCAAGAACUAAAUACAGUAGGUAUAAUGUACUUAACAUUUUUGGUGCAUUUUUGUAAGUUGUAUAAUACUCAUAAGUACUAAAGGUAAUAUGUAAAUAAUGCAGAAUAGAAAGACUAUCAUAAUAUAUAUAUAUUAACGAAUUACAACACUGAAAACAUUACUCUUAAGAAUCUGUGUUACUGUUGAGCCAGAUGACAAAUACGAUUUACAAUUACAGUACGAGGAUCUAAACUUGCCUCAGUCACUUAAAUCACAAUCUUCGCCCCCCUGGUUAUAUUAUUUUUUUCAAUUUUGAAUACUGGUAUUACUAGCCGUGCAGCGCUAGUUCACGGAAGUAUUUUUUUAUAUUUUAAUAAUGUUACUACAAAAGACAUUCAAAUAAACCAAUUGUGAAGCUACUAAUGAUGUAGAAAGUGAGCAGCUUUUGGUGUUCCAUAAUGUGCAAUGUUUAGUUAAUACAUGCGGAGUGUCAGUGAAAAUAUAUAGAAAAAGCACCUGCCUCAUGCUGAUUACAGGAGUCAAAAUGCAAGUGGUGUGCUUGUUAUAAACAGUGUACAGUUCAUCGUGUGUAGUGACGUUCACAUAUAUUUACCUCCUUUUAGUAGUCUUAAAGAUGUUCAGUGGCAGCUUUUAUCUAUUGUACAGUGUGUUUGUAAAUACCGUAUAUAAAAGUGGUAUACAGUACUGUAGGAAAUCUUUUGUGUAUUAGUUUACAAGUAAAUGUGUAGAAGCUGCUUCACCCCUGUAGUGCAGCUACAGAGGAUGGCCCUACCUCUAUAAUGCAGCUACAGAGUGGGCCUGGUUCUGCCUCUCAUCUUUUUCAGUCCAACUUCCUAGUAAAACUUUAAAAGUGUCAUAACUAUUAGCCAAGUGCUACCCUACAAUGAAUACAAGUUGCCAUAUUUACAACAGCAGUGCCAUAUGAGUACUUAACAAUGACUGACUCAACUUGUACUAAGGCUAUUGUAUAUUGUAUUGUAUAAUUGUAUAAGGCCACAUUAAAAAGUCAGAGGUUCCACAAGUAACUUUCUUGUAAGGUGAUCAAGAAAAACUUCCAGUUCAGAAAGAUAUAAAUUGUCAUUUGAAAUGGUGACUUAGUUGUGAAAUUUUAUAGAAUUCCAUAUUGUGUGCCUAUCUUGCAAAGUAGGAGAGAAUAUAAUUUGUAUACAGUAUCAGGUAUGAGCUUAACUUUAUAAAUGAUCAACUUAUUGUGUAAAAGUGUACAUAAAAAUAAUCCUUCAAAAAUGUCACUCGGUAUAUAUUAAUGUUAUUGAUUCUAUUCAUAAAUUAUAAAAAAUACAGUAGCCUACUAUUAACUGGAAGCACUUUAAAUUUUAUUUUGUAUUUAUUUAGUGUAUAUUAUAGGUAGUGUAUUUACAAAUUAUGUCUUAUUAAUGUGUAAUGUUUAAACAAAUUAAAUGGGAA